UCUAGUUAAUGUUACGUGGGAAGACUGCCGCCCAGCGGAACGUCACAAGAACAGAAUGAUGCCCCGUUCAUGGACGUAAUUAUGCCAGUUAGCAAGUCGGAGUUUGCUGUGUUUCCAGAUUCCGACUAGCACGUGAACAUGCAGUUACAGGUGUAAAUAUGGCUGGAUCUCCGUUCUCGAAUGUUCCAUAAAGGCCCGUUUCAUCACUGCAAUACAAGGCGACAGCACUCUGACAGAAGACUGCAUAUUACAUCUCUCAUUUCCAAAAGUAACAUGAGUAUUCUGCGGUUUCUUCUCGUUCUAUUGCUAACUAUCAACACAGGUAACAUUCAUUAUAUUAUCUAUAUUUAUUGUGUGGAGGAAUCUGUUUUGAUUUUGGACUUGAACUCUAGAAAUAAUACUUUUAAACUGUAGAAUGUAAACUUUGUGCACAUAAAAUGGGUAUUUGGAAAAUGUUUGAUUUUAGGCAGCAAAUUACUUACUGAUUAAAUUUGUACUUUUGUAUAUUAUCUACCUCACUUGCUUUGGCAAUGUUAACAUGUGUUUCCCAUGUCAAUAAAGCCCCUUGAAUUGAGACAAAAAAGGGAGUAAAAAACACUAAAUAUGUUUAGAACUACAAAUGAACUUUCUUCUGUCGAUUCUGGGUUUUAUAAUGUCACAAUUACAACCCUCCUUUAUCCGGGCUUGGGACCGGCAAAAGUGACCCAAAAGAGACACUGGCGGAGUUCGUUUUUUAUUUGAUUAUUUACGUUAUAUUGUCGGAACGAGGGGUGAACAUCUCCUCUGACUGCUGCGAGAGGACUGGGCCGCCUGUGAGUGCUUUGGGACGGUGUGGGGCCCACGGCAGCACCCGCUGCUCGUUGAGAAGAGUAAGAACGAUACGUGCUUUCACGUCAGAGUCUCCAAUAACACCAGAAAAAGUCGCUAGUCGCUUUUUUGAAAAAGUGUCGCUAGAGGGGUCUGAAUACUCGCUAAAUAUAGCGACAAAGUCGCUAAGUUGGAAACACUGCCCACAUAAGCUAAACAUGAAUAUACUGUAACGUACCACACUGCACUACAUAUGCGUGUAUUACUAGCACAGAUGUAAACAUAAUCAGAUAAGAGAGAUCGGUUCCCAAUUUAGCCUUAACAUUAAGGUCUAACGUUAACUUACACAGCGACAACUGCCAUGUUCAGGGGCAGAACGACAGAUGUUUACCUUGUCAGCCCGGGAUUUGAUGUCGUUUACCGGCCCAACGCUGUAACUCUCCGGAAACCACCCACUUUGGGCCGAGAACCAAUCAACAGAAUCAGGGCAGAACCUUCAGUGGACCAGUAUGGGUUGAAGGGGGAUUCAAUAUGUCUGGUUGUUGCAGAACCUCCUGAGAUGAUCAACGGAGUUCAAUGGAGGAAGGACAAUGAUGUACUAUUUGGAGACAAAGAGAUCUCUCCUAAAUACAAGGAGAAGGUGGACUAUAACAAUGAUAACCAUUCUCUGUGUAUUAAGAAUCUAAUGGAAACUGACAGUGGAAUUUACAUGGUAAACUACAGGAAACAUUGGAAACAAUCAACUACUACAUAUAGACUGUUAGUGGAGGAUCAUGUUCCCAAACCAGUCAUGGAUGUCACAUCUCUCUUCAACACAAGUGUGGGUUGCUGUGAUGUCACAGUGAACUGUUCAGUUAAAGAUGGCUGGAUGUUGUCUGUCUGUGACAGCGGUCAGUGUACACUGUCACAACAGUCUCCGUCACUAACCUGUGGUAACAUGACCAUCUCCGUAUUGACUGGAAGGAUCCAAUGCACCAGCAGCAACCACAUCAGCACACAGACCAUCUCUCAACCCUUGGAGGACUGUAGUGGUAAUGUGAAAGCCUCAGUGUUACCAGUUGGCACCAUUGUGGGUUGUGUUACUGGUACUGGUAUAUUACUCCUAGUUGCUGUGUUACUUGGUGUUGGAUACAUCAAACAUACCAGAAGACAGAAAAUACCUAAAGAACAAAGUCCACUAGAAGAGGUCAUUGUUCCAAGAGUUUACAACUCAGUGAAGACCUCACCAGGGAGAGAAGAACCACAGCAUCUCCUUACCAGAACCACAGCCCUCUCCUGUCCAGAACCACGACACUCUCCUGACCAGAACCACACCCCUCUCCUGUCCAGAACCACACCACUCUCCUGUCCAGAACCACAGCACUCUCCUGACCAGAACCACAGCACUCUCCUGACCAGAACCACAGCACUCUCCUGACCAGAACCACACCACUCUCCUGUCCAGAACCACAGCACUCUCCUGACCAGAACCACAGCACUCUCCUGUCCAGAACCACAUCACUCUCCAGAGAUACAGACAGUCUACUUCACUGAGAAGAACCAGCACCAGCAGAACAUCUCCAAGUUGAAACAGGAAGCGCUUCUCCAGACAUUAGACCAAAAUAACUGAAAAUAACUGCCUCUGAACUGCAUCAUCUCAUUGUGUCACUGAGUUACAUCAGUUCUUGACCUUGUACAGAAACCACGGGACAUUGCACCACCUAGUGGACAUCAAUAAUACCAGCAGAGUAAACCUCAUGGUAUUAGUUCCAUCUACCCAUCAAUGUUGUGUAUAUGAGAGGGCAGACUUGACCUCAUUAGGCCACCGUAGAUGGAUUCUUUAACACAUUUUAUCUGUCAAGCCAUCAAAGUCAUACAUCUUUUUUUAAAGAAUUUGUUCCUAACUGACCUGCCAAGUUAAAUAACGGUUCAAUAAAACAAAUAGAUAUAUAACUGGGACAAAAAACUCUGCCUUGUCCUUCCUCUGAGUUUGGAAGACACUGGUAGCUACACUACAUGACCAAAAGUAUGUGGACACCUGCUGUUCAAAUAUCUCAUUCCAAAAUCAUGUGCAUUAACAUGGACUUGGUCCUCCCUUUGCUGCUUUAACAGCCUCCUCUCUUCUGGGAAGACUUUCCACUAGAUGUUGGAACAUUGCUGCAGGGACUUGCUCCCAUUCAGCCACAAGAGCAUUAGUGAGGUCAGGCACUGUUGAGCGAUUAGGCCUGGCUCGCAGUCGAUUAGGCCUGGCUCGCAGGUGUUCGAUGGGAUUGAGGUCAGGGUUCUCUGCAGGCCAGUCAAGUUCUUCCACACCGAUCUCGACAAACCAUUUCUGUAUGGACCUCGCUUUGUUUACGGGGGCAUUUUCAUGCUGAAACAGGAAAGGGCCUUCCCCAGACUGUUGCCAUAAAGUUGGAAACACAGAAUUGUCUAGAAUGUAAUUGUAUGAUGUAGCAUUAAGAUUGCCCUUCACUGGAACUAAGGAGCCUAGCCUGAACCAUUCAAAACAGCCCCAGACAAUUAUUCCUCCUCCACCAAACUUUAUAGUUGGCACUAUGCAUUGGGGCAGGUAGCGUUCACUUUGCAACCGCCAAACCUAGAUUCGUCUGUCAGACUGCCAGAUGGUGAAGCGUGAAUCCUCACUCCAGGGAACGCUUUUCCAGAGUCCAAUGGAGGCGAGCUUUACACCACCGACCCUUGGCAUUGCUCAUGGUGAUUUUAUGCUUGGGUGCGGCUGCUCGGCCAUGGAAACCUAUUUCAUGAAGGUCCCAACCAACAGUUCUUGUGCUUACGCUUCUUCCAGAGGCAGUUUGGAACUUGGUAGGGAGUGUUGCAAAUUUUACUGCUUCUGUGGACAGUUGUCUUUUAUACAGGUAACAAGCUGAGAUUUGGAGCACUCCCUUUAAGAGUGUGCUCCUAAUCUCAGCUCAUUACCUGAAUAAAAGACACCUGGGAGCCAGAAAUCUUUCUGAUUGAGAGGGGGUCAAAUACUUAUUUCCCUCAUUAAAAUGCAAAUCAA